CUAUCCAGUGUUGGAAACAUAAUGAGGUAAGUUCUUUUUUAAUUUUUUUUUUUACAAUUUUAUAAAUAUUAUAAAAUCACAUAUUUUAAUACAUAUUAAAGAUUAACAUACCCAUUACUACGUGAAGUAAAAGGACAAAGCAACUAAGAAAGGAAGCAUUUCUUUCCUAAAUUGAAAUCUAGCAUCAGACUUGCUCCGGCAUAUCAACAUUUUGAACUAUUUUAACUCCGUUAGAUAUUUAUCUGUAUCCAGUAAAAUUUAUGACAAUUGCGAUUGUAUUUGAAAUUCUUAUUAAAAUCGAGUGACAACUGAAUGUCAUUAUUUGAUGAUUUACUUAAUUUAAGAUGAUUUUAAGAGCUCUUGUGCUAUAUUUAUUUCUAAACAUAGUGGAAUGUCAGAUAUUUGCAUUUCCGAAAUGUAGAUUUCCCCAGCUGGACAAGAAUUACUUUUGUAAAAGAGAAUACAGUUGCUUAGGAUCCCACCGAAUAAACACUGCAUGCUCUAGGGCACCAUGCGGACCAACGAAAUCGUGUGGGACACUCUUCAAACCAAUACCAAUGACCAAAUUUGAUCGGGAAUUUGUUGUACAAGUUCACAAUACGUAUAGAAAUCGACUAGCUACAGGGUUAGAGUUCAGAUACCCUGUUGUCAAUAAAAGCGAAACAAUUGUUUAUGAACCCCUGGCAAAUAUGAAGGUAAUGGCGUAUAACAUAGAACUAGAGUUUAUAGCCCAAUGCUGGGCUAAUAAUUGUUUGAAUAAUGGUUGGAGUCAGGUUCACGAUAAAUGCAGGAAAACACAAAUGUUUUCUAACGUCGGUCAAAAUUUUUUUCUUUACACUCAUGUUACCCCACUUACUGAAAAAAUCAAUUUCUCCCAUUACAAUUACCUGAGCAAAGCAAUGGACACAUGGUAUCAAGAAAUCCAUAAAUUCAAGUACGAAGAACACAUUGAGUUCACUCCCAACCCCGAAACCGACAAUUUUACACAAAUGGUUUGGGCGACUACCGGUUAUGUAGGUUGUGCCCGAACACAGUAUGGACACGGACGAGUCCUCCGACUGAUAAUAUACUGUAAUUAUGGAUCCGAAGGAAAUCUGCUAGGGAAGCCAAUAUUCCAUGUAAGUAAGAACGGAUCGAGCUGUUGUGAAGAAUGUGAAGGCAAAAUAACCUACUACUACCUUUUUAAAGGGCAUGUGACUGGAGAGGACCAACACGGUUUGUCUAUGGUUCACUUCCCCGAUCAUGAGAAAAAGUUACAACAAUUCCAGGAAAUGGGGAUGGAUCUUUCUAACAAAGUAGAAGUAGCUUUAACAACACACAUUUAUAUAUUCCCAGGAUGCAACUUGAAUUACUCAUGCCUUUGUGGCAUGAGUAAAGACAUCGAUAUGGCAAACAAAUAUUUCACGCCGCCUUUUCAAAUUGCCACUGGAAGUCGAAUUGAAGGCAAUAGCUUCAUUUUAUUUUCACUUUUGAUUUUUUCACGCAAUGUUAUCACAUAUGAUUGUAACUAAUGAUGUUCUGAAUUUGUGUUCUUGAUAAUAAUAACAAUAGUAGUUAGAAAUAAAUUAAUGAAAAAUU